AACAUCAUGUCUGCUAUGAGGACGUUGACGGUCGCGGGAUUGUUUCUGGCGUUUUGCGCGUUGGGACUCAUAGCAGUCGCAAUAUGUACUGACAAUUGGUACGAGACGGAUGCGAGGAGGCACAGGGAACGUUGUAAGAAUUAUUCCAACAAAAGGAACGACCCUGGAUUCAUCUAUAUCUCCAACCAGAACCUCCCACUCCGUAUGCUACCGAAGGAGAAUAACGUGGAGAGGAAGGGGUCGAGUGGAGGACUCCUCCUGCGGGCUAAGCGGCACUUCUUGCCCCCCGCCCCGGCCAUGGAGUCCCUCUGCAGUCGGCAGUACAACUCCACCAUCUCCGGGCUGUGGAGAAAAUGUCAUCGGGAGGGAUUCGACCUGGAGACAGAGGAUCUCAUCUUUAAAGGUUUAGUUCAGCGCUGCACACCAAUAAAAUACUACUACUAUACUUUAGCCCUCCCCAGAAAGCUGAGCAUCAAUAUAAUCAAGACUAUUCGUCAGGAUGAGUGGCACGCACUCCACCUGCAGAGAAUGACAGUGAGUUUCAUCGGCAUGGCUGUGUCCAUCAUCCUGUUUGGCUGGGUGAUCGGAGCUCUGGGCUGCUGUCAGCAGCAUGACCUGAUGCAGUACGUUGCGGGACUGCUCUUUCUCAUGGGAGGAACAUGCUGUAUCAUCUCUCUGUGUACAUGUGUAGCUGGGAUCAACUUCCAACUGUCCCGUUAUCCUCGGUAUAUGUAUGGGAUCCCAGAGGACAUCAGUCACGGAUACGGCUGGUCCAUGUUCUGCGCAUGGGGGGGCCUAGGUCUCACCCUAUUGGCCGGCUUCCUGUGCACGCUGGCUCCUUCCCUCUACCCCCCCGUACCUCACACUAUGGUAGAGAGGCUGCAACGCAAGCCCCGACAUGAGAACGGCUGUGUGUGACACCCUAGAAAUAGAAUUACUAUUUGACUUCAAUGGGAAUGUUCAUUCUAGUAAUGGGAAUGUCCAUUCUAGUAAUGGGAAUGUCUGUUCUAGGAAUGGGAAUGUCCAUUCUAGUAAUGGGAAUGUCUGUUCUAGUAAUGGGCAUGUCUGUUCUAGUAAUGGGAAUGUCCAUUCUAGUAAUGGGAAUGUCUGUUCUAGGAAUGGGAAUGUCCAUUCUAGUAAUGGGAAUGUCUGUUCUAGUAAUGGGCAUGUCUGUUCUAGUAAUGGGAAUGUCCAUUCUAGUAAUGGGAAUGUCUGUUCUAGUAAUGGGAAUGUCUGUUCUAGUAAUGGGCAUGUCUGUUCUAGUAAUGGGAAUGUCCAUUCUAUUAAUGGGAAUGUGUGUUCUAGUAAUGGGAAUGUCCAUUCUAGUAAUGGGAAUGUCUGUUCUAGUAAUGGGAAUGUCCAUUCUAGUAAUGGGAAUGUCCGUUCUAGUAAUGGGAAUGUCUGUUCUAGUAAUGGGAAUGUCUGUUCUAGUAAUGGGAAUGUCCAUCCUAGUAAUGGGAAUGUGUGUUCUAUUAAUGGGAAUGUCCAUUCUAGUAAUGGGAAUGUGUGUUCUAGUAAUGGGAAUGUCCAUUCUAGUAAUGGGAAUGUCCGUUCUAGCAAUGGGAAUGUCCAUUCUAGUAAUGUGAAUGUCCAUUCUAGUAAUGGGAAUGUCUGUUCUAGUAAUGGGAAUGUCCAUUCUAGUAAUGCAAAUGUCCGUUCUUGUAAUGGGAAUGUCUGUUCUAGUAAUGGGAAUGUCCAUUCUAGUAAUGGGAAUGUCCGUUCUAGUAAUGGGAAUGUCCAUUCUAGUAAUGGGAAUGUCUGUUUUAGUAAUGGAAUGUCCAUUCUAGUAAUGGGAAUGUCCAUUCAAGUAAUGGGAAUGUCCGUUCUAGUAAUGGGAAUGUCCAUUCUAGUAAUGGGAAUGUCCGUUCUAGUAAUGGGAAUGUCCAUUCAAGUAAUGGGAAUGUCUGUUUUAGUAAUGGAAUGUCCAUUCUAGUAAUGGGAAUGUCCAUUCAAGUAAUGGGAAUGUCCGUUCUAGUAAUGGGAAUGUCCAUUCUAGUAAUGGGAAUGUCCAUUCUAGUAAUGGGAAUGUCCAUUCUAGUAAUGGGAAUGUCCGUUCUAGUAAUGGGAAUGUCCGUUCUAGUAAUGGGAAUGUCCAUUCUAGUAAUGGGAAUGUCUGUUUUAGUAAUGGAAUGUCCAUUCUAGUAAUUGGAAUGUCCAUUCAAGUAAUGGGAAUGUCCGUUCUAGUAAUGGGAAUGUCCAUUCUAGUAAUGGGAAUGUCCGUUCUAGUAAUGGGAAUGUCCAUUCUAGUAAUGGGAAUGUCCAUUCUAGUAAUGUGAAUGUCCAUUCUAGUAAUGGGAAUGUCUGUUCUAGCAAUGGGAAUGUCCGUUCUAGUAAUGGGAAUGUCCGUUCUAGUAAUGGGAAUGUCUGUUCUAGUAAUGGGCAUGUCUGUUCUAGUAAUGGGAAUGUCCAUUCUAUUAAUGGGAAUGUCCAUUCUAGUAAUGGGAAUGUCCAUUCUAGUA